AUGAAAAGACAUCAUGAUAUCGAAUCUGCUAAAAGGCAGAGAGAUAACCUCGAAGUCCGCCGUCAGCAGCAGGAACUUGCAAGCUGCAGAAAGCUCUUGCAGCGGGAAUCUGCAGAGAGAGCUGAGGCAGAAGCGACGUGGGCCCGCACCAUCGAGGAACAGGUUCAACAAAGAGUGUCGGUCUUGGAAAAGGACUUUGCUCUCCGCAUAGCCAAGAUCCGCAAGAAGGUUGCAGAGAGAGCAGAGUAUAAUCACCUUCUCGAUGAGUUGCUUGCCGCUGGAAUAUGUUUCAUGCCAACAAGUCCAAAAAGGGCACCUGUGUGA